UAAUUGUUGCAACUGUUUGUUUCAUGACAGCUAUGGCAACUGAAAUCAUGAGCAACUUAACAACUACCAUCAUACUGUUUCCCAUUGUUAGCAAAAUGGCAGUUGCCUUGGGGAUAAAUCCUUUGUACCUGUUGCUACCGCAAGUAAACGCAAGUUCUUUCGCCUUCAUGUUGCCUAUUGGAACUGCACCCAAUACACUGGUAUUUGCAACUGGUGAUAUGAAAACCUGGGACAUGGCUAAACCAGGAAUUUUUAUGAAUGUGCUUUGUGUUGCGGUCCAAAUGUUGAUGAUAAAUUCCUUAGGAUCCCUCAUGUUUGAUGUCCAUAACUUUCCAGAGUGGGCCAAUAAUACUGCUAUGCUUCAACAUAAAAUGCCAAUAAACGAAACAUUAUUGAACAAUGCUACAAAAGUUUUUUAAAGACAUCUUAUACUAAUUCAAUCGUGAAUAAUAUAAAUGAACAGCGUAAUAAUAAUUAUGAAAUAAUUUUUUAAAUUAUGUAUCUCUUGCGAGUGUAACGUUCGAGAGGCAUGAGGUAAGUGUUUAAGAAUAGCGUAAAAAACAGUUAGCUAGUUCUCACGGUUAAAAGUGUCAAUAUUUACAAUUUCCAAAUAGCAGCACCCUCUAUUUUCUUUCACAUUGCCUCAAAAAUGUUCUGGGUUCGAAUCCUGGACAAGGCAUGGAUGUUCUUUCAUUUUCUGUAUUAUCUGUCCUUACUGUGGGAACAAUGUUGGCUCACCUAAUAUGAUGGUGGUCUGAAAGAGUGGCCAACAAAUCUGCCCUUCAGAUGCCUAUAUUAACGAAAAGUCAUUAUUCUCCAGGUGGGAGUUGGAAAUUUUUUUAAAUUCCUUUUACAUCGAAUUCGAUCAUUUCAAUAAGAAAUUUAAAAUGGAAUUAAAUGGAAAGCCAUGUUCUUAACAUUAAAAAUGGCGGUGCUAGACAGCGAUGAAGAGAAGAGUACAUCAUAAAAUUUUGAAUUAUACAGAGACUCAGCCGUACUAAAUGUGCUUUGGCGACAAUGGAAAAACAGUAAAUAAACACAUUGAUAUUACAGCUUGUUCUUUUCCUGUCUGUCCGAUUUUAAAUUAUGUUAAAAGCAUUCUACUAAAUGCAUUAAAUUCGUUAAAGUGAGGAUCCUAUUCCGAUGUUGCCAUUUGGACAAUGCUGUCGUUGUAAUAAUAAAUAUGAGAGUUAGAUAAACAUUUUAAAGCUUUCUUGAGUGCGUACCUCAUGAUACUUUUAUAAUUUUUUUAUUCUGUUUUCUUGAACGAUAUACUAGCUAGAGCAGGGUUUCCAACUUACAU